UAAAGAAGGAAAGACUGGAGGCAUCGGCUCAGCAUUCUCUGAAGAAGGCUUGGCAUGAAGGUCUUGCUGUUGGCAGCGAUUGCGGCCUUUGGUCUGCUGGGGACUGAUGGGGCUAAGUGGAAUUUGGACAGAAUGAUCUUGAAGGCAGUUGGAAAGGAAGCUGCCUCUGCUUUUGGUGACUAUGGCUGCAACUGUGGUUUCAGACAAAAAGGAACACCCGUGGAUGCCACAGACAGGUGCUGUGCUGAGCAUAACUGUUGCUAUCACCGUGCAGAGAAUGUUGGCUGCAAGACCAAGAAAAUAUUCUACCAGAUUGACUACCACUGGAAAGAUGUCAAUUGCUCACCUCAAGACUACUGUCCAGCUCAAGUUUGUGAAUGUGAUAAAGCUUUGGCCCACUGCUUCGUAGUACAUAAAAGUUCUUACAAUAAGAAAUAUCAAUACUAUAGUGAAAGGAACUGCCGUGGAGUGUCCCCAAAGUGCUGAGAGCCCAUGGACACUCAACCUUCAACAACUCCUGCUGAGUUUUUUUCUCUUGCACAUCAUCUUAUGCUACAGCCCCUGUCCUGGUGUGAAAUACCACCCCUUUUCUGCUCAGAGUCCCUUCUAGCUCUGGUGAGGAGCCUGCAGACCAGGGCAGGUGUGUCUGAUUUCUGCCCCACUUGCUCUUAGGCAGCAGGAAAUUCCUCCAGUCCAACUCUUCUGCACCAAGUCCUAAUCUCCUUAGAAUGUAGGAGCUGCAUUCCUUUCAUACUCUUCUCAAUAAA